UGGGCACUGUGAUGUCUUCGGUUACCAAAGUGAAAACGGACUCCUGCAACCUUGAUCACAUGAUCAGGUGUGACAGAGAUACCUGCAGGCUAAAGGUUGGCUGAAAAGAUCUCCUGUUCCAGUCAUGCCACUUUUAUCAGUAGCCUAUGCUGGCUUGUUUCUCCGUUGGGAUGCAAAGGAUGGACUAAAACGUACUUCCAAUGAAUUGCCCGGUUUUAUUUAGAGAUCCCUGUCUCUCACUCCAUAUUCUUCAAAUAUUUUGACAAUCUUUCAAUUUUCUUUACCAGAACGAAAAUAUACAUCUAUUUUUUUUAAAUAUAAUACAAUGACUAUAAAACAUCUACGUGUGGAAUGUGACCAGAAGAAUGGGACAACGGGAGCAUUUUCUCCAGGGGAUAUACUCUUUGGAAGAGUCAUGGUGAUGGCCGAUAAGGAGACCAAGGUGCAAUGUUUAAUUGUCAAAGCAAAAGGAAAAGUGGAGGUGAAGUGGCCUGAGCAGCAGGGGAACGGUCCUCCAGUGGUCAUCAGUGACAAGAAGAGAUACUUUUAUUUUGAAAAGAUCCUUCUUCAGGACAAAAAAGCAGAUGGUUCUGUAAUCAUCGGACAAGGCGAAAAUUCCUAUUCAUUCAGCUUUGAUAUUCCAAAUAGAGAUAUGCCUUCGUCUUAUGAGGGGAAAUGGGGGAGCAUUACAUAUAGUCUGCACACAAAACUGACCCAGACAGCUUGGCAAGUAUACAAAGCCAAGACUCGGUUUCCGGUUUUAACAAAGAAUGAAUUCCCCUUCGGCUCAAAGUCAGAGAUGAUUAUCAUAGGACUAAAGGAGUCACAGUGUGCCACCAGGAUUUCAUUCUGUGGCUCUGGAAAAGUCACUGUUAAUGUUUCGACUGAAAACAUGGGUCUGACACAAAGUGAAUCCAUGGAAGUGAAAGCGGAGGUCCUCAACGACUCUGCGUUCGCCGUGACCCCCAGGUUUUACGUGUGCGAGAAGCAGACGUUUGUCACACGUUCCCAGAGGACCGUGGUGCACGUCAGUCACGUCGAGUUUGGGACCGGGGGUUGCGCUGUCCCUGCGGCUAGCGCCACGACAAUAGCGAGGGUGCUGACCGCCCCGCCACAACUCCACCCCACCUUCUUCAACUGCUCCAUGAUGAGACUUGAGUACCGGCUGAAGCUUCCUGUCUUUUCCUCACUCUGCUGUCCAUAAAGGCCUAACAAGAAUGUCAUGCUUGAGUUUGCGCAGGCAAGAAAUGCUGAGAUCAAGCUUCCUUUGAUCAUCCUGCGAGGUUACACAAGACCACUGGAGCAGAAAACCAAGAAAUCACAACGCUUCAAGUCACUUCCUGGUCGAAGUCCACUUCCUUCCUGUACAAACUGAGCUGCUUAGAUGAAUACAAUGUUUGUUGUUUAA